AUGUCUACUGGUCAAAUGACUGCUACUUGCAGUAAGGCUGUCUCUAAAACGAGCUCAAAGACUAGGAUAACAGUUGAACAAUCGCAGAAAUUAAUUCAAACAAUGCUAACAAUGUCAUUUGGAUGUUUGGCAUUUUUAAGAGGAUUAUUUCCAGAUGAUAGCUUUGUGGAUCAACGGUUUGUACCCGAAAAGGUGGAAAAGGAUUACAAGAAACAAGACGGCGUUUCCGGUAAUUCCAUAAAGAUCAAAACUCUGGUUCGUGGUAAAUCGAGCGAGAUAGAUUUACUGCUGAAUUGGCUGGAGAAGGGGGUUUUUCAGUCCAUUAAACUGAAGUAUCUGAGAGCUCUGAGCUUGGGGAUUUUCCUUGAUGAAAAUGAUCCAACAGAUCUACUGGAGAAUUACAUCUUCUCAUUCGAUUAUGAUGAUGAGGAUAAUUUCAGAAUGCAGGUAGGUACUCAAACGAAGGGGGAUGAGAGCGCAUCUUCUGUAUCUUUGUUAGAUUCCCGGAAAAUGGCGCAGCAGUUGAUGCGUCGGUUUAUCAUAAUUACGCAGUCUUUAGAGCCGCUACCACAAAGGAAAUAUUUAACGCUGAGAUUGAUGUUUAACGAUAGCGCACCACCGGAUUACCAACCUCAUCUGUUCAAGGAUGCGACUUUUGAGAAGCAGGCUACUGUUAAAGUUCCGCUGAAUGCAGAUACUAAUGCAACUUCGGUGGGUACUCUAAAUACUGAUCAUCAUCAACUUUCCCUUAAGGUUUUGUCCGCGGCAGAUUGUGAUCCCGAGUUAAAUUGUGAGGGGAAUUCGAAUUCAGUCCCCAUAGAUCCCUUUGAUCUAGUAGAUGAUAUCCGGCCUGAACGGAAUUUCUCUCAAGAUUACGUUGCUAGCCAAACAACAAGUAUCCUUGGUCAUAUCCUAAAGUCAUCCCACCCAAAUAUUCAACCUACACAGGCGGUAGUCAACAAAAGUAUCAGUGACGGCACUUGUGAAUGUGCUGUAGAUUGUCCAGCUGAAUCUACAACAUUCAAAACUUGUAAAACUUGCAGAAAGAAGGUGCAUGGGAUAUGUUAUGGAAAUUCAAGAGGUUCGGCAAUAGAAAGGUGUAUGACUUGUGUUUGUGGUUCUGCACUUGAUACUGAAAGUAAUGCAUUCAAAGAUCUUAUUAUGUUGCGAAAAAUAUAUCGUCUCAUAGGACGCUCACGCUCGAUUCCUGAUUCAGUUACAUUGCUGGUAAAACAGCUAUUUGGCUUGCAAUUCAAACUGGAUGAAGAAACGGAAGAAAGAAUUGCCUUUUGUCUGUCAGUAUUGUUUCAUGAUAAUGUGUUAUCCAUCGAAGGUGAAGCUCAACAGCAAACUAAUAGCCAGUCUAUUCGUUUUUCAACUUCUGUACAAAUUGACAUAUCUGGAGUUAUCGCAGCGAAUCAAGUACUCUUGGAAAAGGAUAAGGUGUAUCCAUUGUGCUUCAGGUAUAAUUCAUACGGAAUGCACUCUUGUUUCACUGAUGUGGUUGGUGAAUCCAAGCAGCAGAUCGAAGAUUGGUUCAAGCAAAUCAGAGACCUAAGAGAUCUCUUAAUUGUCCCUAAACCAUCUUCUUACAAUUUUGAGUCAUUACAAAUUGGAGACACAAACAACUUUGAAUUGAACAAACAAGCACGAAAACGUAAAAAUAAUGAUUUACAUCAAUACUUGAAGUCUGAGCAGGAGUCAAUAUCUUCGGAAACAGACACAAAUAAAUCAGAAAAAGGAAACGCCAAGAAAAUAAGGAAAAUUAGUGUAUCAAAAAAAUCACUGAGAAGUGUUUGGUAA